AUGGACAACAAACUCCACCAAAGCGUCUUCCCAUACCAGUGGGUGAAAAUGGUGCAUAUCACCUUCGAUCUUGAGGCGCUUACUGUUCCGAUAUUGUACGAAGUUGACUAUGGUUAUGAAGACGACGCUGACACGGAACGGGAAGAGCUGCUCAUGCAAGAACAGAAAAAUUUCAAGGAUCUUUUCAAGAAGCUCGAAUCGGGCUUCUCACUUUUGAUGAAACGUCAUCCUGAUGCACCUCUUUCUAGCUUGACCGUCCACCUCAUGUUGAAAUUGGGAGAUUAUCCGUACGUGGAUUCACCGGAUGUGCAAUCGCGCAUGGAAAUACUAAACUGCGAGCGUGGCUUUCUGAACCUACUUUUAUUCAUCGAAAUACCUGUAUAUGAUUUGAUACACGCUGGCGCGCGGGUAAUAAUCACAUGGGACGAGGGGAAGGAAGCCAUUUGUAACGGGCAGGAUGGUCCUCUCCAGAAGCCUAUACCCGGACUUUUUCACCUGAGUAAGAAGGCUUGGAAGAAGUUAUGGGACGGGGGCGGAUACAGCAAAAUAUUUGCCAAAAACCUUCCUCGCUCCAGAGAGACGUGGGGGUACACUUCAUUUAGGAAGCUGGUAAACAUCGGGCGGCGUCGGGAGUUGGAUGAUGACGAAAACGAGGAUGGGUUUUCGUCGGGGCCGAGCACCUAUGCUGGGAGCGAGUGGGAUGACGAUGUCGAAGAGAUUGAGGAAUAUGAGGACGAUGAGGACGAUGAACCAGUUCCUAGUCCAUACUACGAUAGACACUACUCUAGCGACGACUCAGGUCCACAAAGGGACUACGAAGCCACUUAUGACGACAUGGAGCAAUGGGGCUUUUAG